AUGAGCGCAACAUUUUCGGAACCUCCAACAAUAAAAUUGGAGGAGACAAGCGAAAACGUCACAGAAAUUCAGUCCUAUUUAGAAGGGUUUCAAAAAGAGAUCGUAGGAGAUUCAACUGUUCAGCCUAGUUCAGGGAGUGAAGAACAAGAAGUUGAAAAUGAACAGGAAGAAGGAACUUAUUUUGUUGACCAAGCUGGGCACUACUAUUAUCAAGCCAAGGGUCAAACACAACCCGUCAUGACAGUAGUGCCAUCAAUUGCAGCAAGUGGAGAUGCUGAUGAAUACGUUAUUAAUCAGGAUAACGAUGAAGAAGGCGAGGAGGGAGAAGAGCAGAUUAUCCAGCAAAAUGAAGAUAACCAGUUUGUAAUUAGUUCCGGCAACGCAUACCAAAGAGUGACAGUAGUACCAUCUGAUAACAAUUCCGGCGAACUUAGCUAUGUGCUUAUUGUUCAAGAUCCCUUGGAUAUUAAAGAAGGAGAUCAGACUGACGGAGAACAAGAUAUGACUGUGUAUGAUUUCGAUGAUGCCGAAGACGGAGGAGUAGUAGAUUCAGACGAAGACGAUAAAAGUAAGAUAGUUAAACUUCUGCCUAGAAAAUCGCAAGUUGUUGCACAAGCUCACAUGUGUAACUAUUGCAACUAUACUAGCCCCAAACGGUAUCUUCUUUCCAGGCACAUGAAAUCACAUUCUGAAGAACGUCCCCAUAAAUGUAGUGUAUGCGAGAGGGGAUUUAAGACUCUAGCUUCUCUCCAGAAUCAUGUGAACACCCAUACUGGAACAAAACCACAUGCUUGUAGAUACUGUGAUGCAGCUUUUACUACUUCGGGAGAAUUAGUUCGUCACGUAAGAUACCGUCACACCCACGAAAAACCUCAUAAAUGCACAGAAUGUGAUUAUGCUAGCGUUGAACUAUCCAAAUUGAAGCGCCACAUUCGCUGUCACACCGGGGAAAGGCCUUAUCAAUGUCCACAUUGCACGUAUGCCAGUCCUGAUACUUUUAAACUGAAGAGGCACCUGAGAAUCCAUACUGGGGAGAAACCUUAUGAAUGUGAUAUUUGUCAUACACGACUCACGCAGUCAAACAGUCUCAAGGCCCACAAACUUACACAUAAUAUUGGAGACAAGCCCAUAUUUCAGUGUGACUUGUGUCCUACGACCUGUGGACGCAAGACUGAUUUAAGAAUUCAUGUACAAAAACUUCAUACCUCAGAUAAACCUCUUAAAUGUAAGAGAUGUGGGAAAUCGUUUCCAGAUAGGUAUAGUUACAAACUUCACAAUAAAUCACAUGAAGGAGAAAAAUGCUACAAAUGCGAACUGUGUCCAUACGCUUCAAUAUCGGCCCGUCACCUUGAAUCUCACAUGCUUAUUCACACUGACCAAAAACCAUUUCAGUGUGACCAAUGUGACCAAUCUUUUCGGCAGAAGCAACUUCUCAAGAGACACCAAAAUCUUUAUCAUAAUCCGCACUAUGUUCCACCGGAACCUAAAGAAAAAACUCACGAAUGUCCAGAAUGUACUCGAGCAUUUAGGCACAAAGGAAAUCUGAUUAGGCACAUGGCUUUCCACGAUCCAGAUCCCACUAUUCAGAAGAAGCAGCUGGAAUUAAAGUUGGGCCGACAGAAGAAGAUUCGGAUAAUAGAUGGCCAACCAGUUGAGGUCAUGCAGGGAUUGGGUUCAGAAGAUGAAGAAGAGCUCGAUUUGAUGUCGGUAGAAGGAUCUGACGGACAGCAGUAUGUAGUUUUAGAAGUAAUUCAUCUGGCUGAUGGAGAGGAACAAGCUGUGGUUGUAGGUGACAGUGCUGGUGAAUUGUUGAGCGAAACAAUAUUACCGAACCAUGAAUUAAAUGAUGAAGUGGUAAAGGUAUUACAGUCGGCACGGCGGGUAGCAAAAGAAGAAAUCGAAGAGGAUCAAGAUGAAAAGAAAAUAGUGGAUACUGAUAUGCAGAACUGUUUUGGAUUUGAUGAGGAUGAGGAAGACGAAGAUGACGAAGACGUAGGGGAGAAAGAAGGCAUUACGCUUAUUGGUGUUGACAUGCAUUAG